AUGACUUACAAACUUUACAACUACAACCCAUCUGGGGCAGCAGCAGUACCCUUCGCCGCUCUCUUCGGGCUGGCAACUGUCAUUCAUUUUGUAAAAAUGAUCCGCACCCGGUCCUGGUACUUGAUUCCGUUCACAAUCGGUGGCGUCUGUAUAUAUAUCAAUACGACCGAAACACCCAAUUGGAAGACCUUGCCGUACGUCGGACAGAGUCUUCUGAUCCUUCUUGCCCCUGCACUUUUUGCCGCCUCUAUAUACAUGAUACUCAGACGCCUUAUUAUCUCCCUAAAUGCAAGCUCAGACUCGCUUAAUCGACCAUCCUCGUUAACCGAAGAACUU